AAGCAUACGCCGAGUGCCGGUGGAAAAUUGCGCGCUUGCUAGGUUCAGCACGAGCAUGGUACAAAGCGCAUGCGCGCUCUCAUGGACAGUUGAUGUAAGAGAGUUUAAGGAAAAUGUGGAAAAACACUCGUCAAGGCCCAGUGUUUAUGUUGCGUCUCCAGCUGGCUAUUUUUCAAGUGAAAGCUAUUGAUUAAAAUGUGUUUAUAAUGUGUGUGGUACUGGCAUAGGCCAUAUCAAGUGAAUGAUUUUACAUGCAUCAUUGAAAGUCAGAAAAAGUGAGUCACACGGAGUGACGAAGAUUUUCCUGAUAAUAAUAAUGCAGAAUAGAAAAAAGUCACCGCAAAUCGUACGCUCCAGUGAUGUGUGAAACAAAUGUAGUGAACCCGUGAACCCCACUUGCUUGUAGCGACACAGCAAACGAAGCAGCAGCAUCAUCAGGGGUCUGCUUCUAAUCGAAAACAAAAGUGUUAAAAAUAGCAUCUAAAAACAGUACAAGACAUGGAAGUUUUCACGCAAACGAAUGGUGCACAUUUGGCAUCGCCGUAGAAUAUUGUGCAGCCCUAAACAGUGAAUACAUACCGACAAAAAAAAUCAACAUGGGAAACACCCAAGCGGCAGGUGAAAGCAAAGGCAACCUUCCGAGAUUGCCUAAGCAGAAUCUUGUGAAAGGUCGCAGUUUUAUGAAAUUUGGUAAGAAAAAGCAACUCCUAGUGGAUCACGAUGGCACCUCAACGAUGGCCAUCGAGAGUAGCAGCAAAUCCGAUGUGGAUGCCGAAAAUGAAGAUGGGUUUUCUCACAUAUUGAUUGAGCACGGCGCAACAGCAACAACGACACCAAUAGUAGCAGCAUCCACCGCUGGCCAAGGUCAGCAACUGUCGAAAUCAGCUGAUUCGCUACUUACGGAAGGAGCGAUCAGCAGGCGAGAGUACGAAUUCAUCUUAGGCCACGGAAAUGAUGAAAAGUCCGCCAAAUGUGACGGAGGAGCACAUGAGUCGCAGCGCAACGGCAACGACGAUAAUAGCCCUAUCACGAAGAAACCGCUAGAUACCGAUAGUAAGCAUGACGCAAUAACUGCGGCUCAUGAUCGGCAAAGCAUAGCUUCACUACCGGCGACUAGAAGCAACGGUCCGGCAGCAACGAUGACGACAUCAUCGUCGAUCGCCAACGACAACAAUAACAAAGCACAACAGAAGCACCCCAAAACGGACAGUGCUAGCGAGUCGGUGACCUCCUUCCAAACGAUCAACACCACCAACCAUCCAACAGCACUAGCACAACCACCAUCUAGAAGCACCAAAGCACCACAAACACAGUCAAUAUCGCAACCAACGGGGAACAACAAAUUGCCGGCUUCCUCAGCUGCUAUAGCAACAAUACCUAACCCAAACAGCUUCAGUAGUAAACUGGUUCUGGGUGAGGGAACAACAAAACAGCUGGAUCGCUGCACUUACGGUCCAUCGUCCGGGUCGAUCGUUUUGACCACCGACUCCUGGAAAAGGGCCAAUUCUGUCAGUGAAAACGUAGCCUCGAACGGAAAUUCUGCAGAUCUAAACAAAGACCAAUCCGGCCAAGUUAUCCAUCAUAUUGAGCAUACGACCUCUUCCAGUUCGGAUUCUAUCUUCACGGAUCCGUGCACGUCCGUAGGGCCAUUCGCAACUGAAAUCAAUCAAGCAUACUACUCGGAGGAGGAUCUCAUCGAAGCACAAGACGAAGAAGCCGAAGCGACGCCGAUCCGAACGCUGGAAGCUUUGACCGCAGAGAAAUUGAAACAACUUAGUGUUCAUAAAGUGGAAUCCAUCGAUUUGAAUGCCAGCAACAGUGUUAAAUGUAACGGAUGGAGGGAAAAGCUAACGAUCGCCAAUGUUUCGAACAUUAGUGUGAAAAGUAGCAACGAUCAGUGGUUGGAAAAGUGUAAGGUGGAAAAUGUGAACAACAUCAGUUUAGAUGGCCAGUGUGAAGUAAAAGCUAGUGAAGUCGAGUCCCAGAGUGUGGAAGGUGAAGAAAUGGCUCUUAAUUUUCGUAACAACAUCAUUACGCCUUGUGGAACGGUUCAGAUUCAAGCCGAUGGAAUGACAACGCCGACAGAUGAAUGCAAGGACAAAAGCCUCUUCAAUGUGGCUCGUGUUAAGAAGGUGGAACUGUCGGAGAUCAAAACACCAAGCUCGCUCUAUGCAACGCCUUUAUCGAUCUCCCAAGUGUCUGAUGGCAACCGAACAAGUUCCAACGAACAAUGGGCAACACCUAAGCUACCGAUUGGCGAAGGAAAUGUUCUUCGAAAAGUGGUUUCAUUGUCGUCUGGGAAGGCCACCGAGAGCACACCGGUGAGCAGAAUCUCCCGUCCAUCUUUUGUACCGGAAAAGUUGAACUUCUCGGCGUACGAAAAAUUUGAAGGUCAAAUGCUCAUGAAUUGGCUAGCAUCAACUCUUCAGUCCACGAACGUAAGGGUCAACGAGCUAGAGCUGCACACGGUGAUGCUGCAGUAUUGCACAAACCUGAUGGUUGCCGGUGUAAUUAAACAAAUACCGGAUAAACUGGCGCCAACGCAGGAGACAUUUCGGCCAAACCUGAUGUACCAGUGGACUCACACGGAAGUACCGUCCCCUGCACCGUUGACUCCAGGUCGGUUGGAACCCCACGUUGUUUGGCCACACAUUGUUCCAUCCUCCGAAGCAGCAACCAAAUCGGCAGCUCAUUCCACCACCGGUCCUGUGGAAGAAAGCGAAAAUGAGGAGCGCAAAAUGAUCAUCAAAACAAGUACUCCGAAGGCAGUCAAACCCAAGGCCGACUCCAACCUCGAAGAUCUAAAGAACAAAGUGAGCAAGUGUGAAAAUAUGACAGAUGUGAAAAGACUGAUUCGAACAUUCCUAAUUGAAGUGGAUAAUGGUCAUUCAAAUCAAGUGGAAAUUGUGGAAGCAAAAAAUCGAACGUGCAUUCUAAGUGACCUGCUCAAUGAAUCCGAAGUGACGAUUUAUCCUAUCGAACAAGAUACGAAACAGCCAGUGACACCUCCAAAGGCACCGCCACUCGUUAGUUCAGCAAAGGAACCAGAAACACCACGUAUUAAUGGAAAUUUAUCGACUGAAUGUGAUUCCAAUAUGAUUAACACAAGCUUACCUAACAGUAUUCAUAACCGCAGUGAUUGCUCCGCGCCGAACGUUAACACUAGUGAUAGCAAUAGUAACCUAACUAACGGCACUGUGUUCAAUAACAACCAUAACGAGGCUCAUUCUACCGUCUAUAUCUGCCAACACUGCUGUAAGCAAACAGUGGCCACAAAUGAGCAAAGUUCCAGUACUGUCGAAAGUGAUCAGCCAGUGCAAAGCAUUCCCGAUACGACCAAACAACUAGUAACCCAGGAAACGCAAACCGACCCAGAAAAGCUCAUCGAUAAUGUACCUGUUCCGAUUGCAGCUCCACCUCCCCCACCUCCUCCACUUCCUCCACCACCUCCACCACCCCCUCCGCCAUCUAUGCUUAAAGCACCACCACCUCCACCUCCACCUCCGCCACCACCACCACCACCUCCUCCUCCCCCUCCUCCUCCUCCUCCUCCUCCUCCUUCUUCUUCACUAGCUCCUCCCAUUCCUCCGAUGCCACCGGGAGUUGUCGGUUUCGGUGGUCCACCAGCAGCACCGCCCUUGCCACCACCACCACCUCUACCGCCAUUGGCUACUCUGGCCAUGGCAACUGGUGCACCUGCACCGCCUCCACCCAUGGCUGCUGCCGCUGCUGCUCCCCUGGGACCAGGUAAAUUACCGUCAAGCGCUACUCAGAAUGCCGCCUAUUCCGGCCACGUGGCCAUCGCAGGCCCUCCACCACCAUUACCAUUACCAAUACCAACGCCCGGAGGAUGGUAUCAGGCAAAUACCCUUCGUAAGAUUGCCGUUAAUCCCCCAAAACCGAUGAAACCCCUAUACUGGACCAGAAUAGUAGCACCAAAAACGAGUCCAGUCACGGAAACAGACGCCCCAUGUGAGCUUUCCGACGAGGUCAAACUGCCACUCUGGCAAGAAUUGGAGGAAACUAAUCUCGACAAUAUGGAUGAGUUCACCGAACUCUUCUCCCGGCAGGUAGUUGUACCGAAAAUUAAAGAAAAAGUCGAAAAGCCUGAAAAAACCGUCAAAGUUCUUGACAGCAAGCGCUCACAGAAUGUUGGAAUUUUCGCCAAAAGUUUACACGUCCACUUCGAUGAGAUUGAGUUUGCAAUCUAUCACUGUGAUACAUCAGUGGUCAGUCUGGAGGCAUUGCAGAAAAUACUUGAAAUCAAAGCUUCCGACGAAGAACUCGCCCAAAUUAAAGAAUGUGCCGAAGGAAACAUACCGUUGGAUCCUCCAGAGCAGUUCCUGUUACGUAUUUCGGAAAUUUCUUCCUUUUCGGAAAGGAUUUCUUGUAUUGUGUUUCAGGCAGAGUUUGAUGAACAUUACAUCUCCGUAACUAGAAAACUAGAGACAGUCAAGCAUACCUGUGAGUUUCUGAUCGAUAGCGAGCAGCUCAAGCACCUAUUUUCUAUUAUUUUGACGCUGGGAAACUAUAUGAAUGGCGGUAAUCGGACACGAGGUCAAGCAGACGGAUUUGGACUGGAAAUUCUCGGGAAGUUGAAGGAUGUAAAAUCCAAAGACAAUAAUAUCACUCUACUGCAUUUCAUCAUCAAGACCUACAUCGGCGCAUGCCGAAAGAAGGGCGUUCUUCUGCACGAGGUGCCACUGCCAGUACCAGAUCCUGGCGAUCUAGAUCGAGCUGUGCUGGUGGACUUUGACGAUUGUAAGACGCAGCUAAACAUGCUCAAAUCCAAAACAGACGAAUGCCGACGGAUAUCGGAAAAGGUAAUACUGGAAUCCGCUGAAAACAACAUUGAACCGUUCAAAGAGAAAAUGGAAGCCUUCAUCGAAGUUGCAAGCAAGAGGAUUGAUAAGCAGUAUCGCAAACUAGACGACUGUCGAGAAAUAUUCCUCAAAACUAUGGUAUUCUACAACUUCACACCGAAAUCCGGAAUCAUGGAGGAGUGCAAACCGGAACAAUUCUUCGAACUAUGGACACCAUUCUCCCAUGACUUCAAAAGCAUUUUUAAGAAAGAAAUUCUGCAGCUUUCUAACGAAUUGUUGAAGAAAACUAAACGACCACCCCCAACUACGAUUAGCAAUAGCAAGCAAACAUCGACCGGUAAACUAAAGGCUGGUUCCUUGAAAGAGCGAUUGAAGCGCCUUAGCAAUAAGAACUGAAACUCGUCGUUUUAGUGACUUUUGUCUGUAUAAAUUUCUGAAUACAAUUCGUAAAACUUUCCUACUCACGAGCGUAGAGUAUGGGCAAUGAUUUUGGCAACAGGUCUCGUACGUUUUUAUUUGCUCUAUAUUAUAAUACUAAGCACUUAAAAACGUCAAACUCUGAUUUAAUAAAUUUCUUAGACUCUCCGGAUAGGUAAUUGCAAACCUUGGGAUGGACGAUCAGAUAAUCUGGUUUGCAAUUAUAAAAAAAUGAGGAAAGCAUUGAAGUCAAAAAAAAAAAUGUGUUGCCAAAAUCGAACCCUUACUGUAAUAGGAAAUUGUCACUUAACAUAAUAACUACUAUAUCGUCAUAUUGAUGAGAAAACAGGAACAUUCAGAGAUAUAUUUAUUCGAAACAUGGAUAAGCUAUUUAUCAUGCAUGGCUAUUUUAAAUUGUUAGAACGAAAAUAUGAUAGAUUAGUUUGUAGGAACCGGAAGAAUCUGAAAUGAUACCACGCAUUGUAAUUAUCAAAACGAAAGUCUACUGAAAUAUAGCUUCUAUUUAUAGAAAACAAUAUGAUAUG